UAUACACAGUUUUGUCUCGAGGGCUACAAAACAAGAAACUACAUUUCCCAGAAAUCCGGUGUAAACUUCCGGUUGAGAGAACAACCGCCAACUCGGGGAGUUAUGGGCUGUGUUUCAUCAUUUUAAUAUUUAUCAAGUAGCAAAAACAAAACGAUGCUUCGCCGAAAACCAACUCGUCUGGAGCUGAAGCUGGAUGAUACUGAGGAGUUUGAGAGUGUGAAGAAAGAGCUGGAGAGCAGAAAGAAACAGCGAGACGAAGUGGACGUGGUCGGAGUUGCAACCAGUGAGAUGAGUGGCUCUGUUGGAGGUUCUGAGGGAAAAACCCGAGAGCAAACCAUACACGAGCGAAUAGGAUACAAACCUCACCCGAAGUCAAAUACACUCCCGUCGUUCUUUGGGAACCUCCAGUUUUGAGCAAUGAAUGAACCAAGUGAAAUGAACACAGUGACCUUUGGCAUGUUUUGCACUGAUGCCAUUUUGAUUGGGAGCUGUUUUCUGUCCAAACUGAAGAGGAUGGAACCCAGAGCCACUACACGCUGAAGCUCUCACAUGGCAAACUGUUCUUAAUGUGUGAUUUGUAAUCAGUUCUGAUAAUUAUUAGAAAUAAAAGGAAUGUACAUA